CAGCCUCCGCGUGGACUGGGAGUGGAGACCGGAGUCCGGCCGCCACUACAGUAACUUCCUCCACAGUAACUCUCCCUCCACAGUAGCUCCAUAAUACCGUCCAAGCUGUCACCUAGAGCACGUCCCAGAUGUAACAGAGGAGAGAGAGAGGCUCCACGUUAUAACAGGUGAUGCAGACGAGUGGCUGCUGACCUGCUGCUCCACACUCCUCCAGCUGUGAUGGAGACAAAGUCAACUAGGAAAAUUGAACGUCUAGAAAACAAAAAAAGAAAGAUGAAGGCAUAUCUGGCAAUAGCAGAGAGUAACAAAGAAGAUCGAGAUAAGAAGAUGAAAGAUAACAGUCAUCAGACUGGAAGCAAUCAUGCCACACAAAUACAGCUUAUAGCCAAACGUAAUGCAGAAGAGCCAAUAGAAGUCCCUCAACCUAGUAAACGUCGCCUCACUGAUACGGAAUAUGCAGAGAUGAAGCAGAGGAAAAAGAAAUUGGAUGCAGAGAAGAUGGCUUGGCCAAGGGCAUUUCUCAAUGACACUGGAGAGCGCAGCAGUCUGAAUUUGAGUGCUGAUAAGCGCUUCCCAUUAUUUAUGAGUGAUGUUCGGAGUUUUUUGAUGUUUUCACUCCUUCACAACAGGUCUCCGGAUACACCUAGAUGGAUCAAAGUAAUUCGUACCAGAAAGUUUUCUCACGUUAUCACUGCUGUCAUUGAGGGAGUGAGCAUUAGUGACUUGGUAAAUGAAGUGGAUUCAUCAGAAAUUCAUAAAGUGGGUAAUUCAGAGGAAAAAGCCACUUCAGACAAUUUUAUCACGGAGAAAUCUCAGAAAAAAUCUGACACAAUGGACUCUGAUGCUUGUAAUAAGAGAGAAGAUGAAAUAGAUACUAAUAUAGAUUGCCCAGAAGAUGAAACCUCAAAAGGAAGUGAGGACUUGCCAAAGUCUCUGUCAAAAGCACUGCCACGAACUUCUUCUCUUAUGCAUCAUUGUUUAGAAUUACUGGCACCUUCAAGAUACAAUGUUGGGCCAUUUGAGGAGCUUCUCAACAUCCCACUCUCAAGGCGCCUAAAAGAUAAAGUAGUGUCAGGUUUCAAAACACUCGAAGGAGCUGAAGAAAAUAAACUGAUAAACCGAUCUAUUGUCUCGAUGUUUCCUGUUGCUUGUAGCAAGGAUGUCUUCAAAGAAAUUAUGAAAACGAAUAAGACUUCCCUAAUCCAUGAAGAUGGAAAGGUAGUGAAGUCAUCCCACACUGAUAAAUUUGACAGGAGGUCAUUGUUGCUGAGUGUAGAAGAUAUGAUCGAACAUGGUUUUCCAUCACCAGUUCCUGAUUGCCCUGGAUACGGAGACCCAGAGUUCAAGUUUACACGCAAGGUUUAUAGUGAGGUAACGGCCACUUCCCCAAUGUUUGGUGUGGAUUGUGAGAUGUGCUUGACAACUGCCAGGAAGUUGGAGCUAACCAGCAUCUCCGUGGUGAAUGAGGAUAUGGAGCUAAUUUACCAUAAGUUGGUGAAGCCAAAAAAUCCGAUCAUCAACUAUUUGACACAGUUUUCUGGCAUAACUAAAAGCAUGUUGAAUAAUGUCUACACGCGAGUUAAAGAUGUUCAACAAGAUCUUGAGGAACUCUUGCCAGCGGAUGCCAUUCUUGUAGGCCACUCUCUGGAUUCUGAUUUAAAAGCUAUGAAGGUCAUGCACCCGUAUGUGAUUGAUUCCUCUUUAGUGUACAAUUUGAGUCAUAUAAGGAAAAAACGUUCGUCUUUGAAGCUGCUAACAAAACUUUUUCUUGGUAAAGAUAUUCAGGGAAGCAAACAUGGUCACGAUCCCACAGAAGAUGCUGGAGCUUCACUCAAGCUCGUCCAACUUAAGCUGAAAAAUGAUGUAACAUUUGGUGAUGUGAUCCAUGGUGGAAAAGUCCCAGAUUCUCCACAUAACCUUGAGAGAGACACAGAGAACCUUGUAGAAGAUUAUGUAAAUCGGAUUGAAACCGAAUGUAUGACCCAGCAAAGAUAUGUUACAAGUUUAUUUCAGUAUGCAGACAAUUUGAGCAUGGCAAUGCUGGCAACACCUUCCACCAUGGAAAAUUAUGAAGAUGUGCUUUCAUUCAUGGGAAAGAAAGUUUCUCAUAUAGAAGUUGUUCCUGAUAACAAGCAGCUGUCUGUGAGGACAGCUGAAAUCUGCUUGUUUAAGGAUCUGACCUAUGUUCAUAUGAAGAUGGAUACCAAGUUAGACAAAUGCUCCACACCAGAGAGUCGUCAACACCAGUUCAAGAAGCUAGACAAACGGUUGCAGCGGAUUUACAGAAGUGCAGCUGCCAAGGCCUUGAUAGUUUACAUUUUUACUGGCUCAUCUCUUGAUGUACCUGCAGAUCAGCGCUCCAAUGGAUUAAUUAUGUUUUCCAUAAAGGAGUUACCUUUUAUCAGAUAGCCAGAAUUAAUUUCUAACUCCUGGUAUAAGUAAAACUAAAUUUUAUUUGACAACUGUGAGACAAAGCUUAAUUGUUGCACAAAAAGAAUUGAAACCCUGUUAAUGUAUUUAAAUUAAGUAAAUACAUAAAUUUAAACAUUUAUUGUAUGAGAAUAAACAAAUAUUUUUUGUAUA